AUGUGUAAUCCCACCACCAAUCCACCACCACCACCACCACCCACCGCCGUCUCCGAUCACCUCCUCCCACCACCACCACCGCCACACCCCCAUUUCUAUCUAGAUCUCUUCUCAUUAUCCAUCCCCAAAACCCACUCUAAAAACCCUCAAUACCACCCUAAUAACAUCCUCUUAAUCCCUUCCCCUUCUGAAAUCAUCCAUGAAACCAAAGCUCUCUUUAAGCUUUCUUCUCCGAUUGCUUUAACGGCUCUGAUCCUCUACACGCGUUCCAUCAUAUCUAUGUUGUUCCUUGGCCGGCUCGGCGACACUGAGCUCGCCGCCGGCUCCUUAGCCAUCGCCUUCGCUAACAUUACUGGCUACUCUGUUUUAUCCGGCUUGGCUCUCGGCAUGGAGCCGCUUUGUUCUCAGGCCUUUGGUGCCCGCCGGCCGAAGCUGUUAUCGAUUACGUUACAUCGGACUGUUAUUUUCCUUCUUCUGGUUUCGAUUCCGAUUGCAUUUUUGUGGCUAAAUACGUCACGGAUUUUGAUUUAUUUACAUCAAGACCACGACAUCGCACGCUUGGCUCGCACGUAUCUCAUCUUCACCUUACCCGAUUUGGUAUCCAAUUCGUUUAUCCACCCGACCCGCAUUUACCUUCGCGCACAAGGCAUCACUCUCCCUUUAACCCUAGCUUCUCUCAUUGGUACUCUUCUGCAAUUUCCGAUGACUUAUUUGCUGGUUUUCCGGCUGAACUCCGGCGUGGUGGGUGUCGCUGCUGCUUCUUCAGUCUCAAAUUUUGUUGUGUUGGUGGCGCUUGUUUUUUACGUUUGGUGGACCGGGUUGUACUUGCCUACAUGGAACAACCCGACCCGCAAGUGUUUAACCGGGUGGGGCCCGUUGGUUCGGUUGGCCGCACCGAGUUGUGUCUCGGUUUGUCUCGAGUGGUGGUGGUACGAGAUCAUGAUCGUUCUUUGUGGGCUUCUUGUGGAUCCGAAGGCGACGGUUGCGUCGAUGGGGGUUUUGAUUCAAACAACUGCUUUACUGUAUGUGUUCCCGUCGUCACUUAGCUUCGCGGUUUCGACCCGGGUUGGGAAUGAGCUCGGAGCGAACCGCCCUGAUAAGGCACGGGUGUCUGCGAUGGUGUCUGUGUUUUUUGCGGGUUUGAUGGGUUUAUCUGCGAUGCUAUUUGCAACGUCAAUGAGACAAAACUGGGGUCGAAUGUUUACGAAUGAUUCAAAUAUAUUACGAUUAACAUCAAUGGCCCUACCUAUUAUUGGGCUGUGUGAAUUGGGAAACUGUCCACAGACAGUUGGCUGCGGGGUUGUGCGUGGUACAGCCCGACCAACCACCGCAGCCAAUGUGAAUCUUGGGGCAUUCUAUUUGGUCGGAAUGCCCAUAGCAGUGGGCCUCGGGUUUGGACUCAGAGUCGGGUUUAUUGGGCUUUGGGUCGGGUUACUUUCAGCCCAGGUUUGUUGUGCUGGGCUGAUGUUAUAUGUGGUGGGGACCACAGAUUGGGAAAAUCAAGCAAAGAAAGCAGAGAUGUUAACAUGCAACGGAGGUGCAGGUGGAGAUGCAUCCUUAGCUUCUCCUGAUCGGGACAUUGAAAAACAACCGUUGAUUUGCAUAAUGAUGACGUCAUCAUGAUAACACGUUUGACCAAAAGAAAAAGUCAAAG